UACUAUUAUUGUGAUAGAGCAAAAGAAAUUUAAAGUUUAAUAUUCUGUUUCAUUUCGUCAAUCUUACUUUUAGAGAAUGGUGUUUAAAAGAUAUAUUUCUGUUUUCCGAGCCUUAAGGUUCUUCAUAAUAAUACAGCUUAUAGACGCUGCAACAAUCGCUCAGAUGAAGGAACUACAUAAGUCAUUGUUCGGUGGCUAUAACAAAACUGUUCGACCAGUAACUGAUCAAAGCUCGACUAUAGACGUAUACGUGUAUAUGUAUGUAAAGUCAAUCCGAGAGUUCGACGAAGCGGCUGGAAAGUUUUCUUUUGUUGCAGCGUUGACACUUCGAUGGACAGAUGAAAAGUUACUUUGGGACAAAACUACCAAUGGCGGCAUCGAAGAGAUUACAGUGUCCCACGAUGAUGUAUGGGUACCGGAAAUUGAAUUAUCAAGUCCCUCUUCAACAGGGUCAAUAUUUAGGAAAUCAUCUGACAGAGUUCGUGUUGACCAAAAUGGUACAAUGGAAUGGAUACCAGGGGGUCUCAUAGAAAGCACGUGUAAUGUUAACGCUAAGAAAUUUCCAUUUGACACUCAAAGUUGCGACACAAAUUUUACGUCCAUAGGUUACAGAAGCUAUGAGGUGACCUUUCAUGCUGGAUUUCAAAAAAUCAAUUUAACUGAAUAUAUUGGUGACUCUUUAUGGGAUGUUACGGGAUCAGAAGUUGAACCGGUAAUAUUAACUGGUAGUGUGUCUGAAAUAAAGUUCACAAUGCAUUUGAAAAGGGACGCAACGUUUGCUGUGAUAAAUAUCAUGGUGCCCAUAUUCAUUCUAAGCUUAUUAAAUGUUCUUGUGUUUCUUCUUGUGCCAGAAUCGGGAGAACGUAUUGGAUACUGUAUUACGACACUUCUUGCUAUUGCCGUGUACAUGACAAUUGUCAAUGAUUUGUUGCCUAAAACUUCACGACCGGUACCUCUUAUUUCCUACAAGUUAAUGAUUGACUUGAUUAUGAGUGCAUUGAUAGUGUGUGUCACCAUCGUAAACAUGCGUCUAUACAGAAGAGACGACAAGGUUAUCGUCCCGGGAUGGCUCAAGUCAGUUUACCGGUUUUUGAUAUGUACCCGCAGCAGAAUUCACCCAGACAAAACCGCUGAGGAAAAACCAAAAGGCGCGAUUGGCUCGACUAAAAGUAAGAAAAUUGAGGAAAACGCAGCUAAAUAUAAGAGAAAGGGAAGUGUUGAUGAGCUGAGAAAAAUAGAUGAAGAGAACAACCCAAUAACGUGGAAGAAGAUAAGUUACAUGAUUGACUGGAUUGCCUUUUUUGCCUUCUUGUUUAUGUCAGUAAUGAAUAUGAUCAUAUUUAUCGGCAUUGCAAAAUCCUAGAUUAAAGAUCUAGAAGGACAUGUUUGUCUUCACAAUGGUCUUUGCGUAAAUGUCUAUACUAUUCGUUUAUAAAAGGUAGUGACAAGCAAGUAUGAGGCAAUUUAUUUGGAAAAUCAUAUGCAUUAAAUUAGUAUCGUCCGCAACAUUCAUAAAUGAAUUAAAUUAGAAUUGGUUUCAUUUUAUUUUUUUAAAUAUUGUAUUAAAUUGGAAGUAUUUCAAAAGGUAAUACAUUGAACAUAGCAUUUACUUUGUCCAUGUCAUAUCUACUGCCGCUAAAAUAUAAAACUUAAAUUGUGAUAUGUAUACAAAAGUUCUCACUUUCCACAAAAAGCCUCACAGUUCAAAUUUCCUCAGAAAUUCAAAGAGUUUGAUUUUUGUGGUUGCUUUUGGGAAUAUUAUUUAUUUUUGAAAUUGAGAAAAAAGAGUUUGUUUAGGAUAAAGCAUGAAGCUUUAUUCUGCCCCCUGUUUAUAGGAUGAAUAUUGCGUCAUAUACUUUUGAACAAUCUUGUUUCCAUGAUGUUUCCUAAAGUGAUACCUUAAUGACUUAAAAGACUAAUCUUAGUACAUUAGUUCUACAGAAAUAGCCUUCUGCACACAACUAGUUAGGUGGCAUCCCUCAUUUUGUUGUAUUAAAUGUAAUAAGAGAUUAAUACACGGCAGAGUAGGGCCGGAAGGUGAUAAUCGGCCCGCAAAAUGAAUAAUGGCCCCGAGGGCUUCAGCCCGAGGGCAUUAUUCAUUUCAGGGCCGAUUAUCACCUUCUGGCACAACUAUGACGUGUA